GUUAGGUUGGUGGUGCGAGAACAUCAGCUGGGAAUGUUUCCCAGUGUGUUGCUGGAGGACACAGAGGGUGGACGUGCGCCUGCGCUACUCCUCAACUCCAUCACACACGCCCUUUGGACAUCUCCUGCAAAUGGAAAAAAAAGCUCUCCAUAAAACUUCAGCGCUUACAAUAUGGUGGCAAUUUACUUCUUAAAUGCUCAGUGACAUGCUCUUUCUUAGUUAACACUUAACCAUCAUCCAGAUAGUGAACUGAAACCUUUGAAGUGCUUCAGAAAAAGUUAUUUCUAUUUCAGAAAAGUAAUCGUUAUGCCUUAACAUUGUUAGUGAGGACAAAGUUAUGUCAUACUACUGUAGUUGGAAUUCGUUUAUCUUUUAUGGUGAAUUUUUUUAUAGUAAAUAAACUUUAUUAACAAGCACUUUAGGCAAGUAUAUAAACAAUGUGGAUUUAAUGGUUGGAAGAAGAGUAUUUUGUUCAAGAUGAUUUCUUGUGCAGUUUGAAAUAUUUGCAUUGCAUAUUAAUGCAAAUAUUUAUGGAUACAAGUACAGGAACAAGUUGUGAAAUUGUUUCAGAACUAUAUGAAAAAUGAGGAAAGGGUAAAUUUAAAAGUAAUCCCAAAUAAUAAUAUCGUAUAUUAUUGUAUAGUACUCUAUAGUUAAUUUAAACAUACAAUACUGUACAAUAUCUACCAUAUGUUAACUGGAACUGUAAAUACAGGUAUUUGAUAAAUGUAUUAAACUUGUACCUGUGGUAUUUAACAAUAGAUAUAAAAUAACAGUAAAUAUGGCAGUAACACAAGAAGCAGAAGAGCCAAUGAUGGAAGAAGGAGCUCAGUCUGUUGCCCUUGCUGUCAGAAAUACUAGCCAAGUUGAGAAUGCUGUCCGACUGAAAGGGGGUGCUGAGGCCACGCCCCUGACAGACUUUUCUGCUGUGGAGAAUGGUCACGUGCAAGUGAUGGUGGCAGACGAGCCCACUAUUGCUGAAAAGGUCGCUAUGGAAAAUUAUGAUGUUCCAGCUCAUGUACUUGCUUUUGUUCCACCGGAUGGAGGAUGCCGAGCAUGGUUGGUUAUGUUUGCUUCCUUCCUGUGCAAUGGUAUUAUAUUUGGAACAAUAAAUUCAAGUGGGCUGAUCUAUGACAUCCUUGUGGAGAAACUGAAGGAGGCCGGGGACCCUAACGCUGCAUUUAAAACAUUCUGUACCUGCAGUGUUUUCAUAUCCUCCGCAUCAUCAGGACUAAAAUCUAUGAUGACAUCACUUGCCAUUGGGUCGACAUUCCUGUUAUCAGUAUUGGCAGGUGUGCUGACAGACAACUUGGGUAUCCGUCUCACUACUUUCAUUGGUGGAGCCAUAGCUACUGCUGGCAUGUUCAUCUCUUCCUUCUUUUCUGAUAAAGUUGAAAUCCUGAUGAUUACUUAUGGUUUAAUGUUUGGUGGUGGAGCAUCACUGGCAUACACUCCAUCACUGGUCAUUCUGGGACACUACUUUCAACGAUGGAUGGGCAUUGUCAAUGGCUUCGUCACGGCUGGCUCUUCUAUCUUCACCAUUGCUUUGCCUUUCAUCCUACCACAUGUCCUGAACAUUGGACUGCAGACAACGUUUCAAGUCUUGGCUGGGCUGAAUGCUUUCCUCAUGCUAGCUGCUUUGGUAUUCAAGCCGCUAAUGCCAAUCUUGCCGCAGACCAGACCUAAGUAUGACAACACGUGCAAGGGGCAUUGCAAAAGCUUCUGGUCACGUAUUAUAAAUUUUGACAUCUGGAAAAAUAAACGAUAUGUUAUUUGGACUUUGGCCAUUCCAUCUGCUUUGUUUGGCUACUUUGUUCCUUAUGUUCACUUGGUUAAAUAUGUGAAGUAUUCACUUGGUGAUGAUGUGAAUUCCCAAUUGCUAGUCCAGUGUAUGGGCAUCACAUCUGGACUUGGUCGCAUCUUCUUUGGCUUGAUUGCAGAUCGUCCAUGGGUCAAUCGCAUAUUCUUGCAGCAGAUGUCAUUCUUCUGUAUUGGGACCUUGACCAUGCUCCUGACUGCUGCUAAUGCCAUGCCCUUCUUCAUUGUGAUUGCUUUGGGCAUGGGACUAUUUGAUGGCUGCUUCAUCUCUCUCCUUGGACCCAUUGCAUUUGAUAUUGUUGGACCUGUAGGAGCCUCCCAAGCAAUUGGCUGCCUCCUAGCUAUGUGUUCCAUUCCACUCACUUGUGGUCCAGCCAUUGCAGGUGCUCUUUAUGAUCAACUACAAAGUUACUUGAUCCCAUUCCUCUGUGCUGGUAUUCCUCCAAUAAUUGGCUCCUUUAUCCUCUUCUCUAUCAGCUGCAUCAAACAGCCACCCAAGGGAGCACCGGGAUCACCUGUGCGAGACUCUACAGAAAAGCAGAACAACGCAGCUGCAGUAGAAGAGCCUAAAGAAACUCAAACACUCAUGGCAGAUUAUCGGAUCAGCAAUGGGGAUAUAAGUGAGCCACGCCCCUUGUCGACUAGCACCUCGGAUGAUGCUGUCAGAGUAGAUGUACGACGCUUGGCAACACUUCAGAGAGAGAGCUGUGUAUAGCUGCACUCAUUUGUCUUAAGAAACUACUCAUCAUACUGUACUUUAUAAGGAAUAGGAUUUCGACUAUAUAUAUCCAUUAUAUAACCUUUUAGUAAUCUUCUACUCUUGUUAUUCUAGUAAGUAAAAUUUAAUUUUCCUGUAAAGUUUAUUUAUUGACUUAUAACACAAAUUCUUAAUUUUCAUCUUGAUACCUACACACAUUAUGAAGCUUGUAUUGUACUGUAAAAUAAACAGUUCAGUACCUGAUACAUUUAUAAAUUUCAUGUAUCCUAAGAGACUGCCAACUUGGUACUGUGAGAUAACUUCAAAAGUAUGAACAAAUUUCUUUUGUAGCUUAUUCUUACAUAAUGCAGUCAAAUUUUCUGAUGCACAUGCGAUAUUUCUUCAUAUCUGUAUUUACUUGUUUAACAGUGAUUUCUUCCUAUUUUAUAUAUAUAUAUAUAUAUAUAUAUAUAUAUUUUUUAUUAUUUAUUUAUUUUUUUUUUUAUUAUCACACCGGCCGAUUCCCACCAAGGCAGGGUGGCCCGAAAAAGAAAAACUUUCACCAUCAUUCACUCCAUCACUGUCUUGCCAGAAGGGUGCUUUACACUACAGUUUUUAAACUGCAACAUUAACACCCCUCCUUCAGAGUGCAGGCACUGUACUUCCCAUCUCCAGGACUCAAGUCCGGCCUGCCGGUUUCCCUGAAUCCCUUCAUAAAUGUUACUUUGCUCACACUCCAACAGCACGUCAAGUAUUAAAAACCAUUUGUCUCCAUUCACUCCUAUCAAACACGCUCACGCAUGCCUGCUGGAAGUCCAAGCCCCUCGCACACAAAACCCCCUUUACCCCCUCCCUCCAACCCUUCCUAGGCCGACCCCUACCCCGCCUUCCUUCCACUACAGACUGAUACACUCUUGAAGUCAUUCUGUUUCGCUCCAUUCUCUCUACAUGUCCGAACCACCUCAACAACCCUUCCUCAGCCCUCUGGACAACAGUUUUGGUAAUCCCGCACCUCCUCCUAACUUCCAAACUACGAAUUCUCUGCAUUAUAUUCACACCACACAUUGCCCUCAGACAUGACAUCUCCACUGCCUCCAGCCUUCUCCUCGCUGC